AACUUGAAAGUUUUAGUACGGAUAUAUUUAAUUAAACGUAACUUUGCUUUAUGGGUCUUAGAGCGGUGCUUAUAAAUUUCAAGCUGGUGAGCCAAUAUUUCCAUAAUCGAGGCCUCGAUAACAAUGGAAAUAACGAGGUUCGUUUUUUCUCUCUUGUUCUUGGUAAUGAUGACGGUGGGAGCUUCGGGUUCUCCGAAGCAUUGGGGAAGAAAAAGGGUUCGCGAGCCGUGCAAGAAGUUGGUGUUCUAUUACCACGACAUACUUUACAAUGGUCAUAACUCAAAGAAUGCAACUUCAGCCAUUGUGGGAGCACCCGCAUGGGGAAACAGGACCAUACUUGCAGGGCAGAACCAUUUUGGCGACUUGGUUGUGUUCGAUGACCCUAUCACCUUGGACAACAAUCUGCACUCAGCACCCGUAGGACGUGCCCAAGGGUUCUACAUGUACGAUAAGAAGGACAUUUUCACGGCUUGGUUUGCCUUCUCCUUUGUGUUCAACUCCACGCAGCAUAAGGGUAGCAUCAACUUCGCAGGUGCAGACCCUAUGAUGAAUAAAACGAGGGACAUUUCGGUGAUUGGAGGAACUGGUGAUUUCUUCAUGACUAGGGGUGUGGCCACUCUCUCUACGGAUGCAAUUGAAGGGGAUGUUUAUUUCAGGCUUCGUGUGGAUAUCAACUUGUUCGAAUGUUGGUGAUUAUUAAGCUGAUUGGAACAACCUAUGUAGGGGAGAAUCUCUUUUCAUGGUUUCUUGUAUUGUGUCAUUUUCUGUAACCUUUUCCUUUUCUUCAUGAUGUGUUGGAGGUUUAAGGUCGACCUUGUCAUUUUUCCUCCUUAUCACAACUAAUUAAAUAAUAACAAUCAUAUUUUAACAA